AGAGAGCGGCUGCGGAUCCCGGGAGCUCCUGUGAUUUGCGGCAGGUUUUUCAGGUCCCCGCCUGUCACACACACAUACACACACACACACACACACGCAGAUACUUAAGCAGUCACCCAAGGACCUGCAGGGUUCCUGUUUUACACACUUCUGGUCCCUGCCAGCUCCAGCGCCUGGCCCCAUAGCCCUGCCCCGGGGAAGAGAUGGCCACGGAGAAGCCAGUGACUCCCACUGAGGAGCAGCUGGAGAUCCUGGAGUACAACUUCUGCAAGGUGAACAAGCAUCCUGACCCCACCACGCUGUGCCUCAUCGCAGCCGAGACUGGGCUCUCCGAGGAGCAAACCCUGAAAUGGUUCAAGCAGCGCCUGGCAGAGUGGAGGAAGUCUGAAGGGCUGCCCUCAGAAAGCGGGUCUGUCAGGGACUAGAGGAUGCUGCUCCAAUCUCCACGCCUGCUGUAAAUGAUGGUGAAGCUCUACAAAGUGGGUUUCCUUGGGGUUCUUCUGUUGCAAUAGAUUCUGAGAUACAAAGUAAUACCCUGCUAUUUAACGUGUUAUUUAAAGUGUACAUAACCAGGAAAAAAAUAUUAUAUAUAUA